GUUCCUGCACUUCGCUGUCCAUCUCAUCUGCUGUCUAAGACGCGCCUGACACGAAAGCGAGAUUCCUGCGUAAAAAUGAUCUCGCCUACCAUUCAGUUGCUUUUAGUCGUUGCGCUUUACGCGUGAAUUGUCGGGACAGCCUUCUCCAUCGUCUGUCAGCGCGCCUGUCGGGGCACUGUGGCAGUCUGUCCGUUCGUUAAUGUGUCCGACCCACUGAUCUUUUGCAGACUGUAAUCUUAUCAGUGUCAAACCGUAGCUGCCCUUUCCUCUCGGGCAGUAUCUGCCUGCCUUUGGAUGGCGUUAGCGCCAGAAUCUUGAUAAAGACGGUUUUUGUUUUGUUUUUUUUUUAAGAGAGAAAAGUUUUACCAGCAAAGGGAUCAGUUACAUUUACAGUUACAGGUGCGUUUGAAUGUGUCUUAAAAUGAACAUUUGACCGUUUAAACUUUCGACCAGAAGAAGACAUGGAAUCUACAUGUAAAGGAAGGAGUCUCCUGUACUUACUUCUCUUUGCAACAUGCGCGGCCAGCGUUUGCUUUUGUGCUAGAAGAUCAAAUGUUCGGAGAUCUGAUCGUUUGAGUCCUCCAUUAGACAUUCAGCUAGAGACAAUCAACUGCACAGCCUUCAGUGUACGAUGGAAGAUGCCACGGCGACAUGUUAGCACCAUCACUGGAUACAAGGUCUUCUAUACAGAGAUGAGGAAUGGUCAUCCAGUGGGUACAGCAUCUUUGAUGGAGGUGCCUCUCAGCCUGGACAUGCUGACCACUGGGCAAUUUGAUGGACAAGCAAGCUUUGAUGUGGACAUUGGUAACCUAAAGGUGAACACUAAGUACAGAGUCAGUGUUGGAGCUUAUGGCUGGGCAGGGGAAGGUAGGCCCAGCAUGCCCAGAGACAUCAGCACCGCCUCACAUGAAAUGUGCAUGCCCCCAUCGCCCCCCACUCAGCCUGUUGUCAUGGCUGUAUCUGACACAGAGCUGGCGUUGUCAUGGCAGCAAGGAGAGAGCGAGGGUAGCGCACCUGUCCUUCACUUCCUGGUGGCUUACAUCAGGCCAGAAAUGGACACGGAGUGGACGUAUAUUCGUGAGCCCAUUGAGACUAACUCCAUGGUUUUGAAGGGGUUAAUACCGGAAACGGAGUACCAGUUUGUUGUCCGGGCGGUCAACGUGCACGGGGUUAGCCCACCCAGCCACAUCAACAACCCUGUGCGCACUCUUGGUGCAUCAGAAGUUGGCAGUGGGGAUUAUGGGCGUUACAUCACAGACUCCGGGAUCAAAGAUGACGAUGGCUUUGACAUUGAUGACUCCGAUUAUGAUAUCUUUAUUGAAGAGUUGAAGCCAUUCCCAGGUAUCAGUCAGGACAACAGGAAUUCCCAGCUCCGUUCACGUUCUGGUCCACCGUCUGGUCGGAACGUUGUUUACCGUAUGAACACCAUCGCUCCUCCCAAUGUCACUGUCCCACCAGUUUCCACCACCACCACCACCCCCAUCUCGUCCAUCUUCCCAGACUUCUCAGAUCUGGUCUUCCCCACCACUUCAGAGCCUAGUACCAAUCCUGACACCACAACUACUGCCCCACUUACCACUACCAGCAUCACUGUGCCCACCACCACUACCACCCCAACCAUGUCACCCUGGAAAGGUGACAUACCUCGCAUGUAUGACCUGACCUGCGAUGAUACUGUGUGUCCCCCCGACAGCUUCUGUCUCAGUGAUUAUGACAGUGGAGGUUCACGUUGCCACUGUAACCUCGGACGAAGAGGGGACACUUGCUCCGAGGUGAUAUCGGUGAACUUUCCCAGGUUCUACGGCUACUCUCACAUGACUUUAGAACCCUUGAAAAACUCUUACCAGACCUUUCAGAUCACUUUGGAGUUCAAGUCAGACUCUGAGGAUGGCUUGCUGCUUUACUGUGGAGAGAACGAACACGGCCGUGGAGACUUUACCUCUUUGGCUCUGGUGCGAGGCAAGCUGCACUACAGGUUUAACUGUGGUACAGGAGCAGCGCAGAUAGUUAGCGAGAGUCGUGUAGUUCUUGGUCAGUGGCACACAGUAACUGUCUUCAGAGACGGCAUGAGCGGCUGGCUCCGUAUGGACAACGACACCCCUAUAUCUGGACGCUCACAGGGACAGUACACGAAGAUCACCUUCCGCUCGCCGCUGUAUGUGGGGGGAUCCCCGAGUGCUUAUUGGCUGGUCAGGGCGACGGGGUCAAAUCGUGGCUUUGUUGGCUGCAUUCAGAGUCUGAUCAUCAACAACAAAGCCACAGAUAUCAGACCCUGGCCUCUGGGCAGAGCUCUGAGUGGAGCUGAUAUAGGUGAGUGCAGCGACACUGUGUGUGACCUGGUCAGCUGUGCCAAUGGCGGUGUCUGUUUUGCAAACCGUGCUGACGGCUACAUCUGCCUGUGCCCACUCGGCUUCAGGGGAGAACUUUGUGAAGAGAGUUUCUCACUGUCCUCACCACUCUUCAAUGAGACAGUGUUUUCGUACGCUGUCCUCCCCUGGCCUCAGUCCUCUCAGAGUUAUCUGUCCUUCAUGGAGUUUGAGCUGACGUUUCGACCAUCGAUGCCCGACGGGAUGCUGCUGUACAGUGAUGACGCAGGCAGUGGAGACUUCCUGGCUAUAAACCUGGUGGACAGAUAUGUAGAGUUCAGAUUUGACUGCGGAUCCGGAGGAUCGGUCAUAAGGAGUGAGGAGCAGAUCAGUCUGGACACUUGGCACGAGCUGAAGGUGUCCCGCACAGCAAAGAGCGGUAUCCUGCAGGUGGACAGCCAGAGGCCAAUGGAGGGAAUUGCUGAGGGAGCUUUCACUCAGAUCAACUGCAGUUCACCUCUCUAUAUUGGAGGAGUACCAGAAUAUGAUAAAACCAAGAGGACGGCAGGUGUAAUAAAGCCCUUCACUGGAAUUAUACAGAAGCUGGUUCUCAAUGACCGCACCAUCCCAAUAACAACUGGCUCCGCUGGUGGUGUCAAUGUUGCAAACUCAGCACACCCAUGUGUGGAAAGUCCCUGUGCCAAUGGAGGGACCUGCAGGCCGAAGUGGGAUGGAUAUGAGUGUGACUGCCCCCUAGGGUAUGAUGGCAGGCACUGCCAGAAAGAGUGUGGGAAUUACUGUUUGAACACUGUGACUGAAGCCAUUGAGAUCCCACAGUUCAUUGGGCGAAGUUACCUGAACUACGACAACAGCGAUAUCCUUAAAAGGGUUUCUGGGUCCAGGACCAACCUUUUCAUGCGUUUUAAGAGCACAGCCAAAGAUGGCUUGUUGCUAUGGCGAGGAGACAGUCCAAUGAGACCCAACAGUGACUUCCUGUCCAUGGGGCUUCAGGAUGGUGCACUAAUCUUCAGUUAUAACCUGGGCAGUGGUGCAGCUAACAUUGUUGUCAACGGGACCUUUAGUGAUGGAAAGUGGCACAGAGUCAAAGCUGUGAGGGAUGGCCAGUCAGGGAAGCUGACAGUGGAUGACUACGGAGCAAAGACAGGCAGGUCACCUGGCAAGAUGAGACAGCUCAAUAUCAACGGGCCUUUAUAUGUUGGUGGCAUGAAAGAGAUAGCUCUUCACACAAACAGGCAGUACAAUGGAGGCUUGGUGGGCUGCGUGUCCCACUUCACGCUCUCCACUGAUUAUCACUUAGCACUGGUGGAGGAUGCUGCUGACGGCAAGAACAUCAAUACUUGCUCCAACUAGAAAAUGGCUUCAACAGACGAAAGUCCCCUUUCAGCAGCAUCUUAAACCGGAGUGAACACCUCGACCAGCUGAUUUGUCAUCUUGAAACUGACUUGUCAGCACCAAAUGAGUGAAAACUAAAACAAUAUAAUUUUAGUUUACCGAUCCAUGGCUGACAUGGUAUAGAAUCGAACUGGAAAAAAGACUAACAACAUUGUUACUUUGCAAACAGGAGCUACUUAAAUGACUCUUGUGACUCAAAGUUUCCAAACCAACUCUAACCUGCCAAGUUGUAAGGUUUGCUUUCACGUUAACAACCUGAUGAAUUGCUCUGAACAACAGUUUCGACACAUGGCAACAGCAAAAACGACCAGAGGAUAUUACAAAAGCACAAGUACUCUGUGAAAGGAGAGAAAAAGCUUAGCAUUAUGGGUAAUGAGGGUCUUUGAAAAACCUUUUUGAAGGACAUUCUUUUUUUCAUGGGAUGAUAUCCAAUCGUAUCUUUGUUUUUGUUUUUUUUUUUUUACUGUAAAUCCUUAUUUGAUUGCUGGAAGAACCAAGUGAUCCAAGGGAUCAAGAGUCAUCGCAAGUUUUUCAUGAACCAGACCUAGAGCAGCUAGCAGAGAUAAACUUCUUUGUAGAGGAUUUUGGUUGUGGCCCUAGAGGAAUUGUGUUGUUUUUGUUGUUGUGGCAUUUGUAUUUCGUGAUGUAUUAUCAGUCUGUAGACCACAUACUCUAAAGUCUGAUUGAUGUCAGUUUUUUUUAUUUUUUUUUUUAUAGGUUGCUAGUUUUGGAGGGUGAAGAUAUCAGCUGCACUUGUUUUCUUUUUACCUUCUUUUAGUUGACAUGCUCCUUUAUCUGGACCUCUCAGAUGCUAGUCACAUGAAAGUCUGAUGCUGACACGGUGAAGCCACCAAAAUCCUGGACAAACUGGGUGUGACAGUCUGCUGCUAUCAUUUGACACAAACCACAGUUCUGUGUCUGUCAGCUUUUAAGAUGAGUCGCUUCGUAUCUUUUGUUUUCAGAGAAAAAUAGAUCAGUUCUAUUAUUUGAGCUUUACAUGUCAGUUGCUUUUCCGUGCAUAAGCUUUACCCUUUAAAAGGAUCUUGCAAAUGUUUAAAGUUUGAAUUAAUCACAAAUCCUGUAAUAAACCCCAAUUAUUAUAUUGAUUUACAACCUAUAACUUACAAGUUAUUUGAGGACAGUGAAAGUCAGUGAUUUUUUUUUAUAGGCCCUGCAGCAUUUUCAACAUGUGUGAAGUCUAAUAAGAAAUGCAAAAGAGGUUCAUUCAAUGAAAUACACCAUGUUUCUGUGGAGUGUGAAUGAACAUGGUAUCCACUUAUUGAUCCACAACUGGGUUGACUGUCCACUGUACAAAAUGUAGCAUAUUUUGACUGUAUGUAUUUGAUGAAACAUAGCAAGUGUCCGUAGACUGUAGGAAAAUGUUGAUGUAGCAUCUGUGUUGUCUGCAAAAUGUGUCUGGAGAGCUAUUUAAAGCUUUAAAUUCAGCUUUAUGCUCGUUGCCAACUUUGUCAGUUAGUGAAGCCAGAUGAUCCAAAUUUGUGCAAAGGACUGCAGACCAAGACUGGUACAGUUGAACUGGGACGAGCAAACAGGAACCACCUUGGCUGAGUGUGCACACACUAAAAAAAACAACAACAAAAAAAAAAACCCCCGUCAAACUACUCGAGCCUUAAUAAUCCCCAGAAAAUUAAAAGUAGCCGGUGUAUCCAAGUCCCACCACUUAUAUGAAUACUCAUUACAGGCUUCUCCAGGCUUGCAGUCACUUCCCAUCUCAAGACGAUGUGACGAAUGUUGAACUAAUCAGCCCCCAUUUUCUUUCUUAAAGUCAAUACAAGAAAGGUCACUGUAUAAUCUGUAUUAUCAUCUUAUUAUCUGUAUUAUUCACUGUUUGUGAAGAAAUCAGCAAUUCAUGGACAGAGUUUGAAUUUAUUUUAGUAACAUUUAUUCAAAGAAUCUUUGAAAAAAAAUCUCAUUGAGAUCAGAAAUUCAACAACAUAAGCUGUGCUUGCUUCACACUGUUUGUUUUAACAGGAGAGGCAGCACGCUCUCACCUGCUGUGCUAACUGAGCGUUGUGUGAUACACAGAGUUUUAGAUUACACAACAGUCAUAGGGUAUCUUUAACAGCUGUCCCAACCGUAACGUUCUUUGAAAGGUCUUCAAAUUCUAUUACAACAUUCAUAGAAGAAGACGAGGGAAUGAUUCUGCUGGGGUCAGACGAUUAUGUGAAAAAAUAAAUCCAUUAUACAGUAUAA